UUUCUUUUCGAAGUAUAAUAUGGAAAGGACAUUGUUCUUCUCCUUUCUCUCCUUGGUCCCGGUAUGCGCGCCCAACUUUCUCCCAUGAUUAAUCGAAUGCUUGUAUUGCACAUCCUCCUCCCAGAAAGUAAGUAGAUCACCGAACCUAUGGAAGUGAAAAAUACCACAUUCUUCGGAAUAGCUACCAUAUUCGUCGGAUUAUGCUUUGCCCUCCAAGUUGACUCCGGUUACAUAGCUUACAACACCACAUCGGGAGUAUCUCCAACCAAAAUCAACGUCCAUUUGGUGCCUCACUCCCACGACGACGUCGGAUGGCUCAAGACGGUCGAUCAGUACUACGCCGGCGCCAACAAUUCCAUUCGGGGAGCCUGUGUCCAAAACAUAUUGGAUUCAGUGAUAUCUGCUUUGUUGGAUGACAAAAACCGGAGGUUCAUUUAUGUUGAGAUUGCAUUCUUUGAAAGAUGGUGGAAGCAGCAAAGUGACAGUCAAAAGGCUAAAGUCAAGCAGCUUGUGAGCUCCGGUCAACUUGAAUUCAUAAAUGGGGGCAUGUGCAUGCACGAUGAGGCAACAACUCAUUACAUUGAUUUGAUUGAUCAGACGACCUUGGGACAUCGUUUUAUCCUAGAUGAAUUUGGCAAGAAACCCAGGGUUGGGUGGCAGAUUGAUCCGUUUGGCCAUUCUUCUGUUCAGGCUUAUUUGCUUGGUGCAGAGCUUGGGUUUGACUCCUUGUUUUUUGCUCGAAUUGAUUACCAAGAUAGAGCUAAACGCAGAAGUGAUAAAACUCUUGAAGUUAUUUGGCAAGGCUCAAGGUCCCUAAGAUCGUCUUCUCAGAUAUUCACAGGGAUAUUUCCUGUUCAUUAUGAUCCUCCGGAUGGGUUUACAUUUGAAAUAAAUGAUGUGUCUGCUCCUAUUCAGGACGAUGGUCUCCUUUUUGAUUAUAAUGUGCAACAGAGAGUGGAUGACUUUGUGGAAGCUGCUGUUGCACAGGCAAACCUGACCAGGACGAAUCAUAUAUUGUGGAAUAUGGGAACAGAUUUUCGUUAUCAAUAUGCUCUUUCUUGGUUCAGACAGAUGGAUAAAUUCAUUCAUUAUGUCAAUUUGGAUGGGCGUGUUAAUGCUUUAUAUUCUACACCCUCCAUCUACACUGAUGCAAAAUAUGCAGCGAACCAGAGAUGGCCUCUGAAAACUGGUGACUUUUUCCCGUAUGCAGAUAGGGAGAAUGCAUACUGGACAGGAUACUUUAUCAGUAGGCCAGCUUUGAAGGGAUAUGUUAGAAUGCUGAGUGGUUAUCAUUUAGCUGCUAGGCAAUUGGAAUUCUUCACAGGCAGGAAUGCCUUUGGACCAAGCACAUAUGCCUUGGCUAAUGCUUUGGCUAUUGUUCAGCAUCAUGAUGGAGUUAGUGGGACAGAAAGGCAGCAUGUGGCAGCUGAUUAUGCAAUGCGACUUUCGCUUGGUUAUAAAGAGGCUGAGAAAGUGGUAGCAUCAUCGUUGGCCAUGUUAACAGGCUCAAAACUGAAUUCUGUCCACGUGGAUCUUGUCCCCGAACUUCAGCAGUGUCCUCUGCUCAACAUAAGUUACUGUCCUCCCUCAGAAGUUAAUUUCACCGAACAGAAGAGCUUGAUCAUAAUAGCAUACAAUGCUUUAGGCUGGAAAAGAGAUGAUGUCAUACGCAUUCCUGUUUCUUCCAAAAAUUUAGUGGUUCUGGAUUCUGCUGGAAAGGAAAUUGAAUCUCAGAUCCUUCCACUUUCCAACUUCUCUUUACUUACAGCAAACUAUCAUAUCAAAGCUUAUUUUGGUAUGUCAGCCUCAAGCAUGGCAAGAUAUUGGCUUUCUUUCUCUGCAUCUGUGCCACCUCUUGGUUUCAGCACUUUUGCUGUUACAAGUGCAAAAUCAACAGAAUCCAGGUCAAUCAUGUCAACUAUUUAUACUUCAGACGAAUGUACUUCCAAUACAUUUGAAGUUGGUCAGGGAAAUCUUAAGUUAAUCUACUCUGCUACUGAAGGAAAGCUCACUCAUUAUACCAACAUAAGAAAUGCUGUCACAGCACCCACUGAGCAAUCAUAUAGUUACUAUACCGGUUAUAAUGGCACAGAUAGAGUUUUCCAGGCAUCUGGGGCUUAUGUUUUUCGCCCAAAUGGUACACUCCUGAUUAGACAAGAGGGUCAGAUUCCUUUAACUGUGAUGCGUGGUCCAGUAGUUGAUGAAGUGCACCAGCAGCUUAAUACAUGGUUAUAUCAGGUGACCAGGGUUUACAAGGGAAAGGAACACGCUGAAGUUGAGUUUACUGUUGGACCCAUACCUGUGGAUGAUGGAUUUGGAAAGGAAAUAAUUACUCAAAUAACCACAGCCUUGAAUACGAACAGAACAUUUUAUACAGAUUCAAACGGGCGUGAUUUCAUUAAAAGGAUUCGAGAUUAUAGAGCGGAUUGGGACCUAGAAGUACACCAGCCAAUAUCUGGCAAUUAUUACCCGAUAAACCUUGGAAUGUAUCUUGAGGAUGAAACUAUGGAAGUUUCUGUGUUGGUGGACCGUGCAGUUGGUGGGUCAAGCUUAGUGGAUGGACAAGUAGAGCUUAUGCUUCAUAGGAGGCUGCUGAAUGAUGAUUCUAGAGGCGUUGGCGAGGCACUAAAUGAAGAAGUUUGUGCUUUCAACUAUUGUCAGGGCUUAGUGGUUCAAGGGAAAUUUUAUCUUAGAAUUGAUCCACGGGGAGAAGGGGCCAAGUGGCGGCGCAAAUUUGGGCAAGAGGUUUAUUCUCCACUUCUUCUUGCAUUUUCUCAAGAGGAGGGUAGUAAUUGGAUGGAUUCUCAUAUAACUGCAUUUUCAGCUAUAGAUCAAUUCUAUAGUCUGCCAGACAACAUUGCAGUGAUUACCCUUGAGGAGCUUCAUAGUGGCAAAGUACUACUUCGCUUGGCUCACUUGUAUGAGGUUGGAGAGGAUAAAGAUUGCUCAGUAGUUGCAACUGUAGAGCUGAAGAAGCUUUUUCCAGGCAAGAAGAUAAUCGAAGUGACAGAGAUGAACUUGUCUGCCAACCAAGAAAGAAUAGAGAUGGAAAAGAAGAAACUGAAGUGGGAGAUACUAGGUGGAGCCCCUGAAGAACAACCGAAUGUUGUCAGAGGAGGACCCAUUGAUCCAGUAACGCUUGUGAUCGAACUUGCUCCCAUGGAGAUUCGGACAUUCAUCCUCGAGCUAAACUACCAAAAGGUUGAUGUUUCUUGAAAGGAGCUGGGGUGAUGCCCAGAUGGUAAUUGGGCAUUUGUGCGACCAAGUGCUUGUUGAAAUAAGAAAUGGUUUAUGGUCAUGAAUUUCUGAGACAGGAUUUGGACCCACUGUUUUUACAUUGCUCAAGUUGCCUUUGAAAGCCUUUAUAAGAAAGAAUUAAACAAAAAACAAUAUUUUUCAGCAUUUCUAACAGGUGGAUCCAUUGCACUCCCGUGCGCACCUUUUAGGUGAAAUUCGAGAUUUGUUUUAAACAGUAACUAUCAAAAGCUAUGCACUAAAAAAAUUGUAUUUUUGCUGAUCAACGUGAUUUAAC